GUGAAAAAAAUGCUUAUUUACCCAAAAAAAAAACCGUUAAACCAAAAGUACAAGACUUUACCACAAACACAGUUGCGUCAUAGUGCAAGAAAUUAAGUUUUGUAAACGUGCAUCCACGCCACCUCUUCUAGUUAGUUAGUGCCACCCAAUAAUUAUCAUUUCAAUGAUAAUAAUAAUAACUAUCCAUUUUUUCAUUAACUUCUCAGUCACCAAGACUUGUUCAUAAAUAGUACUUAGGUUGUUGUUUAUCCGUUUUAAUGAUCAUUCACGAUGUCUAGUCUAGUUUGCUUCCAUUCAAUAUUCCGGCGAGUGGGGUCCACACUGCCCUAUGCCACCACGUGGACGGUACUUUUGAUUGUUACUGUGGUGUUGGUGUCGUUGGCACCCAGCUUGGCUUUUAUGUUUGCAGUAUCUCAAUUUUCAUCGUCCUCGAAGCCAUGUCAUCGUCAUCAAUUUGUGAGGAUUCCAUUCGAUUCUCCAACGGAGAUGGUUUGCUUGCCGGAACAUGCUGUUGUUAGCAGCUCCCACUUUGAUUUCUUCUUGCCAACGUUGUUUGCUGCUCUGGUUGUUUCUGCUUCAACUUGCCUGCUCCGUUCUCUGCUUUCGGCAUGAUGUCGGAUUCAUUCACUUAUACCAAGAUAGAAUUAUAGUAUUUAUUUGGAUAAGGAUUGAUCAAUACUUUUACAUUAUGUAUCGAAUUCUUUCACUUAUUAUACCAAGAUAGAAUCAUUAAAUAUGUUAUUUUGCCAUUCAUUUGUAAUAUAAAGAAGACCAAGAAUAUAUACACACAACUGGAAUUACAAGGCAUAUAACUAAUGAUCAGCACGAAGAAUUUACAAAGCAAACACUCAUUGGCUACACAAAGCACAUUGCAACACCAGAUACUACAUAUUGUAUUGAAUAAA